GAUCACGCAUGCUCUAGGUGCAGUCUAUCUCGCAGGCGAGCGACUCUUACUAACCAAUUUUGUCCUACAAAAUGUGAUAUUUAGUGAGUCUUUGAUAUUUUCGGAGAAAGAACAAAUUAAAAUGAGAGCGUUGGUGGUGUCAGUAUGGGUCUUUAUAAAUUUAGUAUUUUUCGGCAUGUGUGGCUACAUGUACCUGCUGUGGUCCCAGUACUGGAUCUACUUGGAUAAAAGCACUGAAACUACACCGUCUACUUACGACCAACAGAUCUAUUAUUACAAUAGGGGGUAUCUACCCACCUCUAUUAAUAAAUCUCAACAAGUUCUCGAGGUAAAAUCCCGAAUUAAACAUUCGGUGAAAGAAAAUAGCAGUGUGACAUUAAUCAAAAACAGUAGGCCUAGAUUUCCAAAUUUGCAGACCAAGGAGUUUGAGCUAGACACCCGAAGAUACUCAUGUUGGAGAAACGACUCGGAAAAUGACUGUGAUAAAAAAACCGGUGAGUUUAAGGCCGAAAUUUUAAAAGAACUAAGAAGAGUGUUCACCGACGAGAGCAACAUCCUUAGGGUGGGUUUAGAAAACCCCUACAAUGUCCAAUUCGAAGGUGAACGAGGGAAUUUCAUGGACAAAACGGCUAACGAGUUAAUGUGCGAAUUGAAGAAAAUAUCAGUUAACACACUCAAGAGGAGCGAUAUUUUAAAUCAUCCAUUAAAGGAUUACAUUCCUAAAAGGAGCUUGUUCGAGAACAAAAGAUUUAACAGUUGUGCAAUAAUAGCAAGUGCUGGAAGCUUAAAAGGAUCAAAUUUGGGACCAUAUAUUAACUCUUACGACUUGGUUUUGAGAUUUAAUCAUGCUCCAACGAGGGGUUUUGAAGAAGACGUAGGAUCUAAAACUACAAUAAGAAUAUUAAACUCCCAAGUUGUAACCAAGCCCGAAUUUAAAUUUCUGACUUCGUCCCUUUACAAGAACGUAACCAUCGUGGCAUGGGAUCCCAGCAAUUAUACAUCUAAUAUCGAAGAUUGGCUUCAAAAGCCCGAUUUUAAUCUUUUUCCGAAUUAUAUGGAGUUUAGGAAGCGCAACAUAAAAUCUAGAUUUUUCUUAAUGAAUCCCAAAUCUUUGUGGAGUAUAUGGGACUUUAUACAAAAGAAUUCUCCCAGUCGUCUCAGAAGAAACCCACCUUCUUCAGGAUUUUUAGGUCUUAGCAUUCUUCUGCCUUUCUGCAACUUUGUCGAUAUGUUUGAGUAUGUGCCGUCUACAAGAGUGACUAAAAGAUGUCAUUAUUAUGAUCCAGAAGAAAAUGUAGCUUGUACAUUUGGAGUGUGGCAUCCUUUAGCUGCGGAGAAACUGCUGACGUACCACAUGAACGUUGCCGAUGACCCAACUGUGUUCCAAAGAGGUUUCGUCCGAAUUCCCGGUUUUAAAAAUUUGAAGUGCUAGAGUGAUAUUAAUAUCAAUUUAUUUGAGUAACUAUUUAAAUAGUUUAUUAGAUCUGUAAUGUAAUUUUAAUUAUAUUUUUGGGUUGUACUUCGGUUGUCCAUGAGUCUCAAUUUGUAGAAUAAUUGAUUGAUCACACAUAUUGUGUAAAAAGUAUCAAAAAUAAAGAAGAUAAAAUUUU